AUGGCUGUUUGGGAUCACCUAGAUGUGUCUAAAGCUCAUGUGGCGUAUGCAUGCGUUGGUGUAUUUUCAUGUAUUUUUUCAUUGGUUUCACUUUUUGUAAAGGAAAGACUCUACAUAGGUGAGUCGACCGUUGCCGUCAUAUUCGGGUUGAUAGUUGGGCCACAGUGCUUGAAAUGGUUUGAUCCCACAGCAUGGGGAAACACGGACUCUAUCACCUUAGAGAUAUCGCGUGUGGUUCUUUGUCUACAGAUCUUUGCAGUGGCGGUCGAGCUCCCCAAGAAGUAUAUGUUGAAACACUGGAUGUCUGUGACGAUGUUGCUAAUCCCAGUGAUGACAACAGGUUGGCUAAUAAUUGGACUAUUUGUGUGGCUGCUUAUUCCCGGGUUGAACUUCUCGUCUAGUUUAUUGAUCUCGGCAUGUAUCACGGCUACCGAUCCCAUAUUGGCUCAGUCCGUGGUGUCUGGUAAAUUUGCUGAGCGUGUACCAGGCCACUUGCGGAACCUUCUUUCUGCGGAAUCUGGCUGUAACGAUGGAAUGGCGUUUCCGUUCAUUUACUUGGCUUUGAAUCUAGUGAUUUACCCAGGCAACGGCCGUGAGAUUGUAAAGGAUUGGAUCUGUGUGACAAUUCUAUAUGAAUGUGUCUUCGGCUGUCUUCUAGGUGUGGUGAUAGGUUAUGCAGGCCGGCGAGCGAUCCGCUUUGCAGAGGAUAAAAAAAUCAUUGACCGAGAGUCCUUCUUGGCAUUCUACGUUGUCUUGGCACUUAUGUGUGCGGGGUUUGGUUCUAUUUUAGGGGUUGAUGAUUUGUUAGUAUCAUUUGCUGCAGGUGCAGCCUUUGCUUGGGAUGGCUGGUUUGCCAAGAAAACUGAAGAAAGCAAAGUUUCCACAGUCAUUGAUUUACUACUCAAUUUGGCAUAUUUUGUUUAUUUUGGCGCGAUUAUUCCCUGGAAGCAGUUUAACGAUCCACUGAUUGGCACUAAGGUAUGGCGGUUGAUCUUGUUAGCAAUCGCCGUUAUAACGUUAAGGAGAAUUCCUGCAGUGCUUUUUUUCAAAAGUAUGAUCCCGGAUAUAAAGUCUUGGAGAGAAGCUCUUUUUGUUGGUCACUUUGGUCCAAUUGGGGUUGGGGCUAUUUUUGCCGCUAUCUUGGCUAGAGCCGAAUUGGAAGCCCAUGCCACCGGUGAAGAUACUCCGUUGAAGGAAAUACCGGCCCAAGGAACAGAGCAUUGGCAGUUAAUUGCUUGUGUCUGGCCAAUUGUAUGCUUUUUAAUCGUCACGUCUAUCAUAGUUCAUGGUUCUUCGGUUGCCGUUAUAACAUUAGGUCGCCAUUUGAACGCUAUAACUUUGACGAAAUCGUUCACCACGCAUACUACCAAUGGUAAUAACCGCAGCUCGUCUUGGAUGCAGAGAUUACCGGGCCUAGACAAAAGUGGUCGGUCCUUUUCUUUGCAUCGUAUUGAUACUCUAGCUCGUGCAGAAAGCUUGACUCGGGUAAGCACAGUCGAAACCAGCGGUGUUCCGGCAAAACGUGCUGGCGGCAUGCAGAAAAAGCGUGGGAGAAAAUUCGGCAAGAAUAGGGCUAAAGACUUAUUUAGGACGGCAUCUAGAAGGGCGGAUACAACUCCGUUUGAGGAUCCUGCCCUAAAGGAAGAACGGUUGGCCAGAGAGAGACAAGCACAAGCCGCAGCGUUUGCUUUAAGCAGAGAAGAUCGGACUGACUAUGAAGAAAAAGGUACCACCGAAGGCUAUGGAGAAUCACCAUCCACACAACAAUCCUUAGGCUACAGUUCCAAUGUCACGGAUCUCCCUCAGGAUACUGCAACCCUAGAGGAAGCCGAUCUAUCAAGUGACGAUUUAUCUCAUCAAAUGGAUGAGCGUGUCCCAUUCCCAUCUUCGAGUCAAGGAUCAUCUAGACUAGCGGAACAUUAUAAUGAAGACCAUGACCCAACGGUAGCAUAUCUAGAGGGUAAUAGUGUCAUUCUUGAGAACAAACACGGUGAAAUUGUUGGCCAUAGCAAGAGAUCCAAGCCCGCCAAGGAUAUUGAAGAGGGAACCCAGAAUGACGAGCUCUCGCGCCGCUCUUCUGAAGUUAUGAAUACGCUCAAGAAAGUAAUAUCUCCGGCUUUCCUCAAGAAACCGAUCAUUGAUGUCGAUAGGGGUAUCAAGUAUCAUGCCUACAAGGUGAAUGAUAUAUUAAUUAUAGAAAACGAAGAUGGCGAGGUAUUGAGACGCUAUCGGAUUAAUACUCACAAGGAAAAUGGGCGCCCUAGAACGAAGCCCAGGCCCAGAACCAAAACUCGGAGUUCUAGUGUGGUGACAAAAGCUCUUUCCGUAGUCGGGUUGGGAAGGUCUAAGAACAGUUCCCCAUCUUCAGAAGACGAAGCUGAACCUUCUGAUGAUUUAAAUCAAAGACCUAUCCAGGCUCGGAGAUUGACACCGGUGCCUUCUGCAUAUCCUCCUGUAGUAACUGGUGAUGUGACUGGUUACACCGAUAUUGAAGACGAGGACGAGGACGAAGAUGAAAGCUACAGGUCGACAGAUCUAUCAGAUCAGGCUCAUUCAGAUAGCGAUGCGCCAGCAUUUGAGGACGAGGAAACAGAAGUAGAAAGGGCCAGGCGACUUACCGCAUUGGGCGCAUUUUCGGCGCCAAGGUGCGACGACGACGAAGAGGAAGUUCCUCGUCUUACUGCAAGCAAGAAAUAG